UAUUAAAAUUUUAGCGAUGAAAGUUUAUCUAAGUACCUAGAUAAUAAAAAUGGGUACACUUGAAAUAGUUACAAAGGUUUUUGUGGGCUGCUGUAUAAAUUCCUUUAUAAUGGAAAUGUUAAUGGCUAAAGCACCAUAUAGUGCCAAUUUUAUAACAUUCCUACAGUUCCUGUUUGUCGCUCUUCAAGGCCUAAUAACACUCAAAUAUCAGAUCUUAAAACCGAAAGUACCUGCCUUGCAAUAUUUUGUGCUUGUGUUAUUAUUUUUUGUUACAAGUGUGGCCAAUAAUUAUGCUUAUGUUUUGCAUGUGCCCUCGACGCUUCAUAUGAUUAUAAGAUCUGCAUCCUCGCCGGCCAGUAUGUUAGUUUCUUGGUGUGUUAAGAGAAAAGCCCCUCGAAUUAAUGCAAUAAUAGGGUCCAUAGUGACAACAGUAGGUGUUGUUUUAGCAACAUACGGUGGAGCAAGCAUAGUUGAGAAGCAAACUGAUAUUUAUUGGGAAUGGUGUCUUGGUGUGGCACUACUGUUAGUAAUGCUUUUUGUGGGUGCACUGACAGGGCUCCAGCAAGAAAUUCUAUUUGCGAAGUUUGGAAGACACACACAAGAGAUGCUGUUUUUCACUCAUGCUCUGCCUUUGCCGCUGUUUGUGAGCAUUGUUCCAGAACUUAAGAAUAUAAUGUUAAAUCUCACUAGGGAUAUCUGGUUAGUGAUUGUACUUAAUAUAUUGUCACAGGUUUUCUGUGCGCAGUCCGUCCAUGAACUCGCUGCGAAGGAGACUUCCAUGACUGUUACUUUUAUACUUACAAUAAGAAAGUUUGUAUCUUUACUGAUAUCUUCCAUAUUUUUCAAAAAUAAUUUAACAAUGCUUCACGUUGUUGGCACUGUAUUUGUUGUAGUUGGUACAUAUUUCUAUUUUGACUUUUUUUCUGCAAGGAAGCAGAAACCUGUUAGUUUUAAAAAGGUUAGUUAGGGUCAUAGGGUUUUUUACUAACUAUAGUUUGUGCGUUUUAAGAUGAUAUGGGUGACACAUUAUA